AUGAGUCAAAUCAUUAAGCCUCCCAAGGUUUCAAGAACUGCAGACUUUCGUACUCUAGAAAGAGAAAAUAGAUUCAUCAAUCCCCCAAAGGAUAAAUCUGCUUAUCCUUUGUUACAUGAAGCUAUCGAACCUCAUAUUGGCUCAUUCAAUGCUCUAACUGAAGGUCCAGACGGUGGUCUUUUAAAUCAUGCUAUUAAAGAUAUUGGCGAAAAAGUUAUCUUUGACGCUAAGACUCUAAAUAGUUCUACAUCUUCCAAUUAUUUGGGUAACAAAUUGUCUGUUAGUGUAGAACAAGUUUCAAUUACCAAACCUUCUUCUAAUGACGGUGUCACUUCAGCCGUUGAAAGAAAAGUUUACCCAACUGAAACUAGACAGAGAUUAUCUACCUAUAAAGGGAAAUUAUUACUAAAAUUAAAAUGGUCUGUUAAUGAUGGUGAAGAGACUUUCUCAGAAUUAAAAGAUUGUGGUGGGUUACCAAUCAUGUUACAAAGUAAUAGAUGCCAUUUAAACAAUUUAUCACCUUAUGAAUUGGUUGAAAAAAAAGAAGAAUCUGAUGAAUUUGGUGGGUAUUUUAUUGUUAAUGGUAUUGAAAAGUUAAUCAGAAUGUUGAUUGUACAACGUAGAAACCAUCCAAUGGCUAUUAUUAGACCAUCUUUUGCAAAUAGAGGUGCAUCUUACUCUCCUUACGGUAUUCAACUAAGAUCGGUGAGACCAGAUCAAACUUCUCAAACCAAUGUUUUACAUUAUUUAAAUGAUGGUCAAGUCACUUUCAGAUUCUCUUGGAGAAAAAAUGAAUACUUAGUACCAGUUAUUAUGAUUUUGAAAGCUUUAGUUGAUAUCAGUGACAGAGAAAUAUUUGAUGGUAUUGUUGGUGAUGAUGUUAAAAAUUCUUUCUUAACUGAUCGUUUAGAAUUAUUGUUACGCGGUUUCAAAAAUAGAUAUCCACAAUUACAUAACCGUACUCAAGUCUUACAAUAUCUAGGUGAUAAAUUUAGAGUCGUUUUCCAAUCUUCUCCAGAUAAAUCAGAUUAUGAAGUCGGUAAGGAAGUUUUAAAUCGUAUCGUUUUAGUUCAUUUAGGUAAUUCCUCUAUUGAAAACGAAUCAAAUUCUGAUAAAGUCAGAUUAUUAUUAUUUAUGAUUAGAAAAUUAUAUUCAUUAGUCGCUGGUGAAUGUUGUCCUGAUAAUCCAGAUGCCACUCAACAUCAAGAAGUCUUAUUAGGUGGUUUCUUAUAUGGUAUGAUUAUUAAAGAAAAAAUUGAUGAAUAUUUACAAAAUAUUCUUGCUCAAGUUAGAGCUGAUAUUAAUAGAGGUUUAGCCAUUAAUUUUUCCGAUCGUAAAUAUAUGACUAGAGUAUUGAUGAGAGUAAAUGACAACAUUGGUUCAAAGUUACAAUAUUUCCUCUCGACUGGUAAUUUGGUUUCUCAGUCUGGGUUGGAUUUACAACAAGUUUCUGGUUACACUGUAGUUGCAGAAAAGAUUAAUUUCCAUCGUUUCUUGGCUCAUUUCAGAAUGGUGCAUAGAGGUUCUUUCUUUGCUCAAUUGAAAACUACAACAGUUAGAAAAUUAUUACCAGAAUCUUGGGGGUUCUUAUGUCCAGUUCAUACCCCAGAUGGUUCUCCAUGUGGUUUAUUAAAUCAUUUCGCACAUAAAUGUCGUAUUUCUACAACUCAAUCUGAUGUAUCUAAGAUUCCAGCAAUUUUAUAUUCUUUGGGUGUCUCUCCUGCUUCUCAAACCUAUGCUGCUGGCCCAUCUUUAUGUUGUGUUCAAUUAGACGGUAAGAUCGUUGGUUGGGUUUCUCAUGAACAAGGUAAGAUUGUUGCUGACACUUUAAGAUUUUGGAAAGUAGAAGGCAAAACCGAUGGUCUACCAUUAGAUUUAGAAAUUGGUUAUGUACCACCAUCAUCUAAGGGUCAAUAUCCAGGGUUAUUCUUAUUUGCUGGCCAUUCAAGAAUGAUGCGUCCAGUUCGUUACUUGCCACUAGAUAAAGAAGAUAUUGUUGGUCCAUUUGAACAAACUUAUAUGAAUAUUGCUGUUACUCCACAAGAAAUUCAAAAUAAUAUCCAUACCCAUGUAGAAUUUACUCCAACCAAUAUUUUGUCAAUCCUAGCUAAUUUGACUCCAUUCUCUGAUUUCAAUCAAUCUCCAAGAAAUAUGUACCAAUGUCAAAUGGGUAAGCAAACAAUGGGUACUCCUGGUGUUGCAUUAUGUCAUCGUUCUGAUAAUAAAUUGUAUAGAUUACAAUCUGGUCAAACACCAAUUGUUAAAGCUAACUUGUAUGAUGAAUAUGGUAUGGAUAAUUUCCCUAAUGGUACCAAUGCUGUUGUUGCAGUUAUUUCUUAUACUGGUUAUGAUAUGGAUGAUGCGAUGAUUAUCAAUAAAUCAGCAGAUGAAAGAGGCUUUGGUUACGGUACUAUGUACAAAGUUGAAAAGGUCGAUUUGUCAUUAAAUAGAUCGAGAGGUGAUCCAAUUACUCAACAUUCCGGUUUUGGUAACGACGAAUGGCCAAAGGAAUGGUUGGAAAAAUUAGAUGAAGAUGGUUUACCAUAUAUUGGUACUUAUGUUGAGGAAGGUGACCCAAUUUGUGCUUACUUCGAUGAAACUACUAAUAGAACUAAGAUUAAGACAUAUCAUUCUUCUGAACCAGGUUAUAUUGAAGAGGUAAAUUUAAUUGGUGACGAAUCAAAUAAAUCUCAAGAAAUACAAAAUAUUACCAUCAAGUUCCGUAUCAGAAGAACGCCUCAAAUUGGUGAUAAAUUCUCAUCUAGACAUGGUCAAAAAGGUGUUUGCUCAAGAAAAUGGCCAACUAUUGAUAUGCCUUUUAGUGAAACUGGUAUACAACCAGAUAUUAUCAUUAAUCCACAUGCUUUCCCAUCUCGUAUGACUAUUGGUAUGUUCGUUGAAUCCUUAGCUGGUAAGGCUGGUGCUUUACAUGGUAUGGCACAUGAUGCUACCCCUUGGAUAUUUAAUGAAGAUGAUACCCCAGCCGAUUAUUUUGGUGAACAAUUGCUAUCUGCAGGCUAUAACUACCAUGGUAAUGAACCGAUGUAUUCUGGUGUGACUGGUGAGGAAUUGAGAGCUGACAUCUAUAUUGGUGUUGUUUACUAUCAAAGAUUACGUCAUAUGGUUAACGAUAAGUUCCAAGUUCGUUCUACUGGUCCAGUUAAUAGUCUAACCAUGCAACCUGUGAAGGGUAGAAAGAGACAUGGUGGUAUUCGUGUUGGUGAAAUGGAAAGAGAUGCUCUGAUAGGUCAUGGUACUUCAUUUUUGUUGCAAGAUCGUCUGUUAAAUUCUUCAGACUACACACAAACUGCAGUUUGUCGUGACUGUGGCUCUAUAUUAACAACUCAAAGAAGUGUACCAAGAUUGGGUUCAGUCAGCAGCAUACGUUGUCGUAGAUGUGCUGUUUCAUUAGACCAAGCUAAGAAAAUGUUGGAAAAAACUAGUGAUGAAAGUAUCUUUAUCAACGAAUCUCAUAUUUGGGAGGAUGGACAAGGUAAUAAAUUUGUUGGUGGUAGCGAAACUACAACAGUUGCUAUUCCAUUCGUUUUGAAAUAUUUAGAUUCCGAGUUAAAUGCUAUGGGUAUUAAAUUACGUUAUAAUGUUGAACCAAAAUAA